GCGCCCCAGCACCGAGCCCGGUUCCGCGUCCCCGCCGCCGGGAGGAGGUGCCCGCUCGCUCGCGGCGCGCGCCGGCCGCCAGACUCGGCCUGUGGGCGAUUUCCUCCGGACCCAGGCUCCCCGCCCGAGGAGGAAGAUGCAGACCUUUCUGAAAGGGAAGAGAGUUGGCUACUGGCUGAGCGAAAAGAAAAUCAAGAAGCUCAAUUUCCAGGCCUUCGCCGAGCUGUGCAGGAAGCGAGGGAUAGAAGUUGUGCAGCUAAACCUUAACCGGCCGAUUGAGGAGCAGGGCCCCCUGGAUGUCAUCAUCCACAAGCUGACCGACGUCAUCCUUGAAGCAGACCAGAAUGAUAGCCAGUCCCUGGAGCUGGUGCACAGGUUCCAGGAGUACAUUGAUGCCCACCCUGAGACCAUCAUCCUGGACCCGCUCCCUGCCAUCAGAACCCUGCUUGACCGCUCCAAGUCCUACGAGCUCAUCCGGAAGAUUGAGGCCUACAUGGAAGACGACAGGAUCUGCUCGCCGCCCUUCAUGGAGCUCACGAGCCUGUGUGGGGACGACACCAUGCGGCUGCUGGAGAAGAACGGCCUGGCUUUCCCGUUCAUUUGCAAAACCAGAGUGGCUCACGGCACCAACUCUCACGAGAUGGCUAUCGUGUUCAACCAGGAGGGCCUGAAUGCCAUCCAGCCACCCUGCGUGGUCCAGAAUUUCAUCAACCACAACGCUGUCCUGUACAAGGUGUUCGUGGUGGGCGAGUCCUACACUGUGGUCCAGAGGCCCUCGCUCAAGAACUUCUCCGCAGGCACAUCAGACCGCGAAUCCAUCUUCUUCAAUAGCCACAACGUGUCAAAGCCGGAGUCGUCAUCAGUCCUGACGGAGCUGGACAAGAUCGAGGGUGUGUUCGAGAGGCCGAGUGACGAGGUCAUCCGGGAGCUCUCCCGGGCCCUGCGGCAGGCGCUGGGCGUGUCGCUCUUUGGCAUCGACAUCAUCAUCAACAACCAGACGGGGCAACACGCCGUCAUUGACAUCAAUGCCUUCCCAGGCACCCAGCAGCCAUGCCCAUGCCUGGGACACCUACCCUGCCCUCCAGCCUCAGCCCAGGGCUGACGAACACCCCUGGUCCUAUGGUGGGGCACCUGGCACCAUGUGGUAUUCAAGGCACACGCAGGACCGAAGGCGUCCUUUAGAUCUCGCUCUGCCUCUUAGGAGCCUCACUGAGCCUCGGUGUCCUCACCUGUGAAAUGGGGGCUGCAGAAAUGCAGCAAGCCGAGGACCAUGUGCUCACAGCCCAGCGGCUGCUGCUUCCCCAGUGCUGUGAACACCAUGGACGUCAUUCCCGCCUUCGCCAUGCUGGCUAACAGUCACGUGUCCUCAUCUGUAUCAUGGGGACAGAUUAUGAAGAUCAGGCAAGACGAGGUCUCAGGAUGCUUGCACGGUGCUGUCUCGGGAGGCGCUGCGUGCCAGCCAGCAUAGCCAUCUUUAUUUCCACUGUGGGCACCCCUGCAUCCCCCUCAGACUUGGGUGUCCUCCAACCAUAGCAGUUGUUUGCUGAAUAAAUGAGGGUGUGGGCAGAUUCAGCAGCCUCUUCUGCCAGACCCAUGGGUACUCCUUGAAAGGCCUUUCUGUAAGAGGUGGCACAGGGUGUCCACGUCUGACCCUUCAUUCCCACCCUAGUGGGACCAAUGGUUGUAAAUGUUACCCUAGAGGGCAGGCCAGCGUGUCUGAAAACUCCCAUCCCUCCAAGUUGGCUCAGGCAGACGGGGCACUCGCCCUGGGUGAAUCUCUUUUGGAGCAGUUUUCUGGGAGUCAGCAGAAUCCUCACCCGAGAUCUGAAACCUGCUGGGUGGUUCCUAUGGACUCUGUGAUGUUUGCAGCUGUGCUGGGCAGCGCUCGCCCAGGCAGGCACCAUGGCUUCUGUUCUACUCCCCUUUGUUAAGGGGAGCAUGUGUCCUAUGCUGGGGAGCCUUGUCACAGGCCUGGAUCAUGCUGGUGAUGCCCAGCGUGUCUGUCCCUUGGCUUUGAUCCUCAGAGAAUGGAGCACAGAGGGCCUCUCUGCAGGUAUUUUGUGGUGAGAAGGAAGCAGUCUCAGUUGGGGUGGCAGCUGCUUUGUGAAGCAGGCACCACCCCCCUCCCAGCCCCUCUCAAUGGCGCCACAGCAGCCUCCACCUGGGAGGUGGGCAGUGCUCUUCUUAGUUUGCAGAGAUGCUGAGGUUCCGGGUGGAAGCAGUCUCCAGGACUCAGCAGGGCCUCACAGUCGAGGGGUAUUUAUUUUUCCAAGUGUGUGGAGCCGGCUUUGGUGCUGCCACCUCCAGCCUUGCCAACAUCCCUUGCACAUGGACUGGCUUUUACCACACAAGUGGGUGGGUGGGUGAGACAGUAGAGUUGUGCCCAAGAAGAACAGGGGCAAGCAUGUUUCCUCCACAGCUCAUCUUCAGCUUCUCACACCUGGACAACAGACGAAGGUCAAGGAGCAUGCCCCUGGCUGGGCGUCCAAGCUGUGCGACUCCCUCAGCACCCUUUAUCUGCUGAGCCUCAUGUUUCUCUGUAAAUCGUGUGCUGACAGCACGCCCUGCCUCAUCCCGGGAGCCCAUGUGUCCUGCCUCCUCCACCUCUCCACACGAUGUGUGCCCCUGGCUCAUGCCCCCUGUGCUCUCUCUCCCACCCCUAGGCUACGAGGGUGUGAGCGAGUUCUUCACAGACCUCCUGAACCACAUCGCCACCGUCCUGCAGGGCCAGAGCACAGCUACAGCAGCUGCAGGGGACGUGGCCCCGCUGAGGCACAGCAAGCUCCUGGCCGAGCCGGCGGGCGGCCUGGCGGGUGAGCGGACAUGCAGUGCCAGCCCCGGCUGCUGCAGCAGCAUGAUGGGCCAGGACACGCCCUGGAAGGCCGAGGCCGACGCAGGCGGCACCACCAAGCUGCCGCACCAGAGACUUGGCUGCACCACCGGCGUGUCACCCAGCUUCCAGCAGCACUGCGUGGCCUCCCUGGCCACUAAGGCCUCCUCCCAGUAGCCACGGAGCCGGGACCCAGAGGGGCGGCGCAGGGCGCGGAGCACACCCACUGGGCCAGCAGCUCCAGACAGUGAUGCUACUACUAAGAAUCCCCAGUGAUCUGAUUCUUCUGUUUUUUAAUUUUUAACCUGAUUUUCUGAUGUCAUGAUCUGAAUGAGGGUGGGUGGAGAUGGAAGAGAGCACCAGGGGUCCAGCCUUGGGGAAUGGGGCUCCACCUGAUCCCUGCUGUGCAGACAUCUCCAGAGUUUACACAUGCUUGUGUUUUCAACACUAGGUCUGAGUGGGAGGUGGGGUGUGUGUGGCUGCCGUGUGAGUAUCUGCGCAUCCCCAUCUGUUGGGCUCUGUGGCCACUGUGGACCAUUCCUGUGGGGACCCUGAAGGGAAACCUGCCCAUGCCAGGUUGUGGGUGGCUGAUCAGCAUGCGUGAAAGUGGCUUCCCUUCUCCCUGACUCCCUGCUCCCGGACCUGCCCCUUCCUUGUUUUUCCUCCUGAUUUCCACCAAGGCUCUGUAAGCCCCACCCCUGCCAGGUGUGCAGAUAACCCCUCCCUCCCCACAGCCGGAGGAGGCUGCCAUCUGGGCUGUGCUCCCUCACAAAAGGGAAGGAAAGGAAGCUGGGCGUCCUCCAGGCCCUCCAACACAUGUCCCACUUAGCCCUGCACAGCGGCCUCCUUCCCCCAAGCCAGCACUGCCGAUCCCUGAAGAAGCCCAGGAAGGAGGCUGCCUGGCUGGGAGCCCCAAGCUGAUGGCACCUGUGCCGAGGAUUUGUACUGUGAUUUGGGCAAAUCAUUCCAGGUCUUUGGGCCUCUGCCCCCUCGUCUCUAGUAGGCAGUUGAGACCAGGGAGCACCACAGGGCUGGCUUUCUGCUCUAACCCCUGGGAUGCAGCCUGCCUCUCCAUGAAGCCACCCGGGUGAGGACAGGCAUGGGAGCCUCAGCAUGACUCCGUGGAGAUCAGGGCCCUCUCCCAGCGGGUUCACUCCUUUUCACACCUGCUGGGUCCCCCCUCACCCAGCAAGCCUGGUCCACCUCUCAUUGCAAGCCCCAAGCAUGGAGCCAGCCAGGUACCAGGGAGCCACACCUCCCGCACACCUCAGACUCACCCCAUCGCCUUGGCAGCAAAGCACUGGCUCUCCUGCCUGACCCCUGGUCCAGGCAGUCCCCUCUGCAGAGAGAAGGGUUGGAGAGGAGCCUCCGUAGUCCUUGGAAGACGUGGAGCGCUGGGUGAGAAGCAUUAGGCCUCCCUGAAUAUGGUUUUGUGUCUUAAGACACCAGUUUACUUUGAAGAAGUGAAAAAGGCUUCUAGGCAGUGUUCUGCCCAGUGAGAUGGAGGACACUGGAGAGAAUGCCGAGUGUCCCAAGAGAGGUCUCUGAGCUGGUGCGUGGGGGUCCUUCAGCCUGGCUCAGCCAGGCCGGGAGGUGUGCCCCCUUUGAGGAGGGAGGCGCAGGGCUUGGGCGAGGGGCAGAAGCCAUCAGAACUGCCUGGCUCUUUUGGAAACUGAGGACCCAAUGACUAACCACGUUUACACGACUUGAGUGUUGAACCCCGAUCAAUGUCUGUACGUCGCCUUUCCUGGUUCUGACCCUGAGCCCCGGGGAAGCAGGAAAGCGCGGCCGGCCUCUUGCACUGCUUUGUCUCCAAAAUAAACUACUGAAAUCAAACCACA